UAAACCGAGGGCUUAAAUGAGAGGAUCUGGAGAAAAAACUUCCUCUCUGUUCAAAGCUCCAUGGACUCGAGUGAUGGUGUAUGGAUUCAGUCAUAAAGUGCAGCCUAAUGGCCAGCUGAACCUGAUGGGGGCCGUGUGUUUCCCGCUGGACGCCUCUCUGUCCAACACCGGCCUCACUUCUCCACCCACAGCCAACCAGUAUCCUAGCAUCAUCAUCCCCACCGACAAAGUGCACAACAAAUUGGGCACGUCACAAUCUCUUACAUACAGUGGGGGAAAGAAGUAUUGAACACGUCACCAUUUUUCUCAGAAAUCAUAUUUCUAACGGUGCUGUAGACUUGAAAUGUUCACUGCAUGUCGGUAAGAACUAAAGAAAUCCAUAUAUACAAAGAAAAUAAAACCAGUUUGUUUAUUCAUUAAAUGAUGUGCAAUAAAAUGAAAUAACGCAGGGAAAAAUAAUCGAACACAUGAAAAAAUUGGGUGUAGAAAGACUUGGAAAGCCCAGACAGCAGCUGAAAUCUCUCAGUAGUUCUUUAGCAACCCUCUGCCCUUCCUCAGUGUAAAUGA